AUGGACGCACAGCAAGUCUUGAAUGCUUUGGUGAAGAACACUGCAGGCGGCCGGUUGGGAGUAUGGGAUGAGAAACCAAAGCCAAAAGGCUCCGCUCAUAACCUUGCGGCGAUAGUGUCGGCUUUUGUACCGACGUGGUUUACUGCAAUCCUCUUCAUCAUCAUUUUUGUACUCAUUCGCAACCGAUAUCCCAAAAUUUACUCUCCGAGGACCUUCAUCGGAACCAUCCCAGAGAAAGACCGCACACCUUCAGCCAGCCGAUCAUACUUCUCCUGGUACCAUACGCUUCGUGUUGUUCCCGACAAAUUCGUCCUUUACCAUGAACAUCUGGAUUCGUAUCUGUACCUUCGUUUUCUGCGUACCCUAAUUUUCCUAUGCGUAGUGGGGUGCUGCAUCACCUGGCCUAUUCUCUUUCCAAUCAAUGCGACCGGUGGCGGAUCAUCGUCUCAGCUCGACCGCAUAUCGAUCGGCAAUGUCGCAGAUAAGAAGAAGCUGUAUGCUCAUGCCGUUGUUGCGUACAUCUACUUCGGCUUCGUCAUGUUUACCGUAGCAAGGGAGAGACUCUGGCUGAUCGGACUCAGGCAAGCAUGGAACCUGUCAAAGCCAAUGGCGAAAAAGUUGUCGUCCAGGACUGUUCUUUUCGUUUCAGCGCCUACAGCUACGCUCGACCAAGAGAAUGCGCAGAAGUUCUUCGGGGACGACGCAAUAAGGGUUUGGCCUGCAACCAAAGCUGAUGAAUUGCGUUCUCUCGUGUCCAGCCGCGAUACCACAAUCGAAGAAUUGGAAGCUGCCGAGCUCAAAUUGAUACAGAACGUGAAGCGCAAGCUGGAAAAGAGUGGAAACAGGGGGAACAGCGUCUUCAAGAGUUACGAUGAUCUCCCGAAUCAUAUGAAGAAGUCGUUACGCCCAACCCACACGCUCAAGUCGCCGCCAAUCGGUAAAAAGGUGGAUAGUAUCGAUUACUAUCGCGAGCAACUCAAGGAGAAAGAAGAAGAGAUUCGAAAGGCACGCGAUUCGAAUGCGAAUGCAGAAAGCCAUGGCGGUGCUGCAGCAGUGUUUGUUGAAUUUCGGACACAAGCUGCGGCACAGCGUGCGUACCAGCAAAUUGCGUCUGCGGAGAUUCUAGCUCUCAAUCCGAGGUACACUUCGGUGUUGCCGGGUGAAAUCAUCUGGAACAAUCUGACAUUAGCACCCGCGAAGAGGAUUUCCCAACAAGGACUUGCAACGAUUCUCGUGGUUGCUAUCAUUGUGUUCUGGUCGAUCCCAAUCUCCUUCGUUGGUGCAUGGUCAAACGUACAAUAUCUUGCGAACACCUAUAAAUGGCUUAAUUGGCUCAACAAACUUCCUGAGACCGUGACCAGCCUCUUGGCCGGACUGGUACCUGCUGCACUGCUCAGUGCUCUUGCUUCGUUUGUCCCGAACAUUUUUCGAGCCAUCUUCAAAGCGUUCGGUGAACCUACCAAUACUUCCGUCGAGCUCAAAGUACUCCGGUGGUACUUUGUCUUCCAGGUCUUCCAGGUCUUCUUGAUCAAUACAUUAGCUUCCGGUGCCGCUGCGGUACUGUCCCAGGCCGCAAAUAACCCCUCAUCAAUCCCAACCAUACUUGCAGCCAAUCUGCCUAGCGCAGCCAAUUCGUAUCUUACGUACUUCAUCGUGCAAGGCUUGACGAGUGCCUCGAACAACAUGCUGAACUACUCCGAUCUUGCGUCUUACAUCUUCUUUGAUAAGUUCUUCGACAAGACGCCGAGGCAGAAAUACAAGAGAUUCACGCAAUUGAAGGGCAUUCAGUGGGGUAAGGUAUUCCCAAAGUAUGGCAACUUCUUGAUUAUUGCUAUCGCAUACUCCUGCAUCGCCCCGCUCGUCCUCGGCUUCGCUGCUGUCGGGCUUACCUUCUUCUACUUCAGCUACCGCUACAUGCUUCUCUUCACCGUCUCGCCAAAGAUCGACACCAAAGGUCAUUGCUACACGCUUGCUCUACAGCAAAUACUCGGAGGCAUUUACAUCGCUGAGCUCUGCCUGUUGGGUCUUUUCAGUCUACGACAGGCUACUGGUCCGUCAAUCAUGAUCGCUGUCUUGUUCCUUGCGACUAUACUCUUCAACGCCAUGACGAAUAAGUACUUCGAUCCUUUGGAGAAGUUUUUACCUGCCGAUCUGAGUGCCGAAGAGGAAGGCGAGGGUGCCGCGCUGCUAGGCGACCGAGAGACAGAAGAAGGGGUGGUUUCACAUCACGUUCAGCAAAUUGUUGAGCAUACUCCGAUCCCACCGAGGUAUCUCUCUCCGCUAGCGCGAUUCUUUGAACCUCAAAGAUAUGCUUCUCACCGUGCAAUGCGGGCGUGGCUCCGCGAAGACACCGAAUGGGAUGAAGACGAUGUUCCGCAGUACAGCGAGGAGCAGUUGCGAAAAGCAUACCUCGAUCCCGCUUUCACGAGCCAGACGCCGGCGGUAUGGAUACCGAGAGAUGAGGCCAAGACUAGCAAGAAUAUCUUGCAGGGCUUGGAGGAGAAGCAGGUUGAAGCUAGUGAUGAGGGAGCUUGGAUUGACGAGAAAGGCGAAGUCAAGUGGACUACCGAUGACUUCGACAAGGUACCGAUCUUCAAGGAAGCAGUGAGGUGGUAA